AUGACACUGCUGUCCGUGUUUUUGGCUGUGGUCUUGGCCACCAAUGCCGUCUAUUCGGCCUCCGACUGGCCUGGGCCGCGACAAGUCAGCACCGACGUUGACGGGAACCAGUAUAUCGAGGCUGCCGCUGCAGAAGGAGGCGACAAUAUUCGGUGUUAUGUUGCCGAGUUUUCUGAGAUGACCCCGAGGGUCGUCUAUAACUGCAAGUGGAUGCCCACUCUGUGUCAAAACGCCGUUGCCUAUCUCGGGGCUGGCACCAACGGGCCGGUCGAGUUUCACUACGACAGGAACGGAGACCGGCACGACGAGCGUCGGCAUCACGCAUGCCCUGAUGGCUGGGCCAACGUUCACUGCUUAAACCUCGUUGGACUACCAAACUGGUACACGAGCAAUGACAACGGCGCCAGAGACUAUCCCGUGAUGCAGAAAUGCGCCAAGGAACCCAAGCGAUACUACUACGAGAAACUGAACGAGUUCGACAAGGAUGGCAAACCGAAAGUGGCCCCGGCCGGCGUCAUCGCCUCGUGCGAUGAAUUCCCUGCAGCUUCGUGGAUAGAAGGUGGCUCCGGAGCCAAGAAGAUAUCGGGCGUAAAGGCCUGGAUGACGGAGCAGAACUGGCAGGGAAACAUGUUUCGCAACCUCCCCGCAAGUCUUUCCGCCUCCUUCACAUGCCCCCAACAGCACUACCGCCAGGGUGGAAAUGACGCCGACCGGAUGUAUCCCAUCUUCAAGUUUAACUUCCAGAUGGUUCACCAGCCCUCAAACGCCGACAUCAUCUGGAUCACGGCCAACGGCGUUAAGUGCUACUGCACGGGCAUUCGGCCGACCAGCUGCAGUGCGAGCCUUCGCCCGGGUGAAAGGACUCGAUGA